CUUUGGGAAGAUAGUGGGAGAGGAGGAGAGGUAUAAGUUGAAGGCAUGGAUGCCAGUUUCCCUAAGAUAUGGUAAGAGAUUGUAAGAAACUUACUCAGGGAUUGAAUGAUGGGAAGGAGAACAUAGAGGUUUAGGUAUAUUAGGCAUAAAAUGGAUCAAUGAAAGACGUCCAUCAGCCUUACCCCUACAUAAAUCAUCAAAUGGCAAGGCUAUAAUGACGCAUUUGUCUCUAGGCAUCCCCAUUAGACUUCUUAAAGCAGGAUAAGUAUAGAUCCAAAUACUUGGGAUUCCUUGUUGACAUAGUAAAAAUAUAUUAUUUUUUAAAGAUUUAUUUAUUUAUUUGAAAGUCAGAGUUACAGAGAGAUAGAGAGACAAAGAGAGAAAUCUUCUAUUCACUGGUUUGCUCCCAAGUGGCCACAAUGGCUGGAGCUGGGCCAAUCAGAAGUCAGGAGCCAGGACCCUCUUCCAGGCUUUCCACAUGGGUGUGGAUUCCUAAGCACUUGGGCCAUCUUCCACUGCUUUCCCAGGAACAUUAGAAGGGAAGUGGAGCAGCUAGGGCUUUAACCAGCACCCAUGUGGGAUGUAAGAGCCACAGGUGGCCGCUUUACUCACUACACCACAGUACUAGCCCCAAAAUCUAUUGUUAAGACACCUAACCAUGCCAUUCUUGGAAAUUUAAUUUAUUAACAGUCACCUAUAAGUUAAUCUGUCAAAUACACCCCAAUUGUGUAAUGCAUAAUUGCUUGGGAUAGGGUCUCAUUCCCCUUUCCCUUCCAAACCAGUCACUGGUUCUAUUAUUUGGAACCCAGGGGAACACAAGUUAUCUUUUUAUCUCUAUAGAUGUUAUCAUUCAAUAUGUUAUGUAUUCAUUCAACAAAGCAAAUGUUGACUAAAAAUUUACUCUGUUCUAGGUAUUGCAUAAUGCAAGUUAUGUAUCAUCAAGAAGAGCAAUAUAGCUGCUAUAUUCGUGGAUUUUUGUAGUAAUGAGAAAGAUAGAAAAACAACAAGAAGCUAUUAUAAAAUUAUUAGAUGCAUUGAGUUGUGUAAAAAAAAUACUAAGAAAGUGUGAUUUGCAAGCAAUGAUUGGGUUGUGUGACUCAGGACACCUACUUGGUGCCUCCAUGAGAAGAUGAUGUUGAAAAUCCAAAAGAAUGAAGAGAAAGCCAUGUGAAAAGCAAAGAGACAAGCACAACCAGAGUACAAAGCCCUAAGUUUAAGAAGAACUCGGUCUAUUUAAGAAACAAACAAUAUUGGGAUGGCAAUAAUAUCAGGCAAUAAGAGCACCACAGAGACUAGAUCAAUGGAGGAUACAGGGCAUAUCACAAGCAUUUUAUUAGAGUAAAUGAGGGUUGAAGGAAUUUAAGCAGAGUAAUAACAUGAACAAGUCACUUCCUUGGACCCAAUUACAUCAUUCUUAGAGUUGUAGUAGUGGUUUCUUCAGGGCCUAUGAUACAGAAUUGCUGUUAAGAUCAAUAGAUAAUAAACUAGAAUAUUUCAACAUGUUCAUUGAACUAAAAAAUAAGUCUAUUUUGUGCAAAAAUUUAAACCUAUGUAUCAUUUUUCAUAACACACAUUUCCAAUAAAUUGUUGAAGACUCAUUCUGUACUGAAAGAUUUUGAAAAACAUAAAAUGUUAGCCAACACAAUAAUACCAAAAAUAAUGCUUGUGAUGUUUUGUAUCUUCUCAAAUAUUUUGUUUCAUCUAAAGAGCAGGCUACAGGAGAGAGUAUUGGAUUUGGUACCAGACAGACAUACAUGCAAACAGCAGAACAGUAAUAUAUGAGACAUUUACUCAAUGGUCAGCUACUAUACUUUCCAAUUCUCAGUUUCCUCAUCUGUACAAUAGAAGGCAAAAUAUGGCCUUUUCCAAAGUCUGGUUGACUCUGAGUGUGGCAAAAUACCAUGCUUAAUCAUAUAUCAUAAAAUUGAUUGCAUGUAAAAAUUAACAGAAAUAUCAUGGGGAGAUAAGUAGAAGACUUCAAGAAUAAAUAAUGUCAUGAAUGCAAAAACAAGAAAGACACAGCAACUGCUCUUUUAUACCACACCCACUUUAUAGAGCUGAAAAUCUUCUAAUCCUUACUUCUCCAUUCCAACCUGAUUUGGUUGACAUAAUAACUUUCUAAACAGUCAUUCUUCAAUUUCCACUAAGCAUAUGGAAGUCAUACUUCCUAAAUUUGAACUAAAAGUUGACACUAACUGGGUUUUCUGAACUCAAAUUGCUCUUUUCAGGAAAGAGAAUCUAAUUCUACCAGGAAGACAAACACCAACCUGAAGUAAGAUAAAUUUGUGAAAGACAGUUAAAUGUAGCACUGACAUAGCUCUAAGGGACCAGACUUUAUAUUCAAUAUUAGAGUGCUUGUUUCUGUUAUUCUGGAUCUCCUACCUGUCUGUAUAGACUAAAAAGGGCACAUCUCUGGAGCCCUCAGCUGUCUUCCAAAUAUGCCCCUAUCCCAGUCCUUUGUCAACAUCUCCUUAUUCCAGCCACCUGCUUUCCUCAUGAUUGGCAUCCCAGGCAUGGAAGCUGUUCAUGGCUGGAUCUCCAUCCCCUUCUCAUCCAUGUACAUGAUGGCCCUCACUGGAAACUGCCUGAUCCUCCUGGCUGUGAAGAGGACCACAAACCUACACCAGCCCAUGUACUACUUCCUCUCCAUGCUGGCCCUCACUGAUGUGGGCCUCACCUUGUCCACACUGCCCACCACCCUGGCUGUGCUCUGGUUUGACCAUCGACUCAUUGGCUUCAAUGCAUGCCUGGUCCAGAUGUUCUUCUUGCACUUCUUCUCUGUGGUGGAGUCCUCAGUGCUCCUGGCCAUGUCAUUUGACCGCUUUGUGGCCAUCUCCAGCCCCUUGCACUAUGUGUCUGUCCUCACAGAUAAUGUCAUCAUCAAGAUGGGGCUGGCCAUAGUGGCUCGAGCCACUGUGUCCCUCUUCCCUUUGCCAUUUUUGCUGAAGCGACUGAACUAUUGCCCUGGCAAGAUCCUCUUGUCGCAUUCAUUCUGCUUCCAUGCAGAUGUCAUGAAACGGGCCUGUGCUGACAUUACUGUCAACAUCCUUUAUGGGCUAUACGUGGUCUUGUCCACAGUGGGUGUAGACUCCUUGCUUAUUGUGCUGUCCUAUAUCCUUAUUCUUCAUACAGUGAUGGGUCUGGCCUCUCCCAAGGAACGUUUACGGGCCCUCAACACCUGUGUAUCUCAUUUCUUAGCCGUCCUGGUUUUCUACAUCCCAGUCAUAGGUGUGUCCAUGAUCCACCGAUUUGGGAGGCACCUUCCACACAUUGUGCAUGCUCUUGUUGCCUAUGUGUACCUGGUGGUGCCUCCUGUGCUCAACCCCAUCAUCUACAGCGUGAAAUCCAAGCCCAUCAGAGAGGCCAUGCUCAGAGUGCUGAGAAGGAAAGGCCAAGGUUGACAACUCAAAGCGUACCCACAAAAUCUAUAGGAAGUAUGGUCAAAUGUUCAUAUCUUAUACCCAGAUGACCUUUUUUAAAGCUCUGACCCAGAAAUAUUAUGUAAAAAAAUAAAUUUGGAUGAGGAACUGUCUGGAUUCUUUCAAGCCUUCAUUACUUCAAGUAUUUUAUUUUGGUUAAAUUGUGCAAACAUCUGUGCUUAUCACUAGAGUUAUUGAAAGGAAUAGUGGCAGGUAGUUGACAUAGUAGUGAAGACACCACUCUGAACACCUGCAUUCCAUAUUUUGUGCCUGGGUUCAAAUUUCGGUUGAUCUCCUUUUCCAUCUUCCUGCUAAAGCACAUCUGGGGAAGCACCUGUGAUGGCACAUAUGAGUGGGUCCUGCCACCUACAUGGGACAUCCAGAUUGGACUCUUAGCUGUUGGCUUUGGCCAGACUCAACCCCAGCUCUUGUGACAUUUGAGAAGUAAACAAGUAGAUGAUUUCUCAGUUUCUCAAUCUCUUUUGCUUGCUUGCU